AUGACCUUGCUACUGUUCACCUUCAUGGUACCACAAUUCAUGGACAUUGUCCUGAACGUCGACAAUCCUGACGAUUUCACGGACACAUUUUACGUCAUGCUAGCUAUGGUUAUGGCUUUUUGUAAGAUGCUCGGACUGUUGCUAAAUCGUCAGAAUAUUAAGAUGUUCACAGAUACAUUGCUCGAAAAGCCGUUUAGGCCAUUGGAACCGGAUGAAAUCGAGAUUCGGCAGAAAUUCAAUAAUUUAAUACAGAAGAAAGCUAUGGUGUACACAUUCAUGAUCGAGUCGACGUGCGCGAGUAUGGGUGUAACGUCCUUGCUGACAGAAUUUCGAAAUGGAAAUUUAGCUUACAGGGAGUGGUUGCCGUACAACUACUCCUCUAAUAUAUAUUUAUUUUGCGUCACGUACUUCCAUCAAUUGAUAAGUUUGACGGCCGCGUCUAUUGUGAACGUUGCCUGUGACAACAUGGUCUGCGGAUUGUUACUGUACAUCUGUUGCCAGAUUGAAAUCUUGGAGUGCCGGCUGAAGAAAUCUUUGCGCCGGCAAAGCGAUGUCGGCGAAUGCGUGCAACUACACAAUCGCAUCUACAGGCUCGCCCACGACAUUAAUGAAAAAUUCAGGUUCAUCAUCGCCGUACAAUUCAUAGUAAGCACAUUAGUGGUGUGCUCUAAUCUGUAUCGAUUGGCGAGAGCGGAAUUAAGCCCGAAGUAUAUUCCGUUAGCGUUGUACACAAUCUGUAUGCUAAUACAAAUUCUCAUUUACUGUUGGUACGGGAACGAAGUGAAAUUAAAGAGCGUUCAACUUUCUAAUCAAAUCUUCGCCAUGGAUUGGCUGGCGUUAGACAAGAAAAGGAAAGAAAAUCUUAUAAUGAUUAUGAAUCGUUCUCUAAUACCUAUCGAGUUUACCAGUGCACAUAUUCUUACGAUGAACCUCGAAUCCUUCGGAAAGCUCCUUAAGGUGUCGUAUUCAAUAUAUAAUAUACUUCAAAUUAUGUAA